AUGCCCAAAAGCCUCCGAGUCGGGCCUGGUCUCGAGGCCGAAUACACCGAAAUACUCGGAAUCGUGGAAACCCAAAUCGAAAUCCUAAGAUCCACAGAAAGGCGACGCCACGAAGUGAUCGAAACCCUCGAGAAGCUUUGCCGUGAUCUAGUCGCUCACGCAGCCUUGGAGGAUUUCAGACCUCGCAGCCAUCUUAUUGGCUAUGCCCACUUCCGACUUUUCUGCUUGACCCUCCGUCAUUGGUUACCCGAGGCGAUUAUGAUCCUGGAGAGUUAUGGGACGAGUCACCAGGUGGAUAACGAGAGGUUUAGAUGGGUAUCAGAGGGUGAGAUUAAAUACAGGGCGAAGACACUGCUCGAUGCUCAAUCAACUGAGUGGUAUAGUUGA